GUCAUUUCCUAGUUGGGAACACACUGCUCUUCAUCUGUGGAUCUGUUUAUUUGCCUUCUUCUGUGCUAUGAUAUUCAUUGACUGUGACUGUGAUUUGAGACCACCCAUUUUGUGAUGGAUAACAUGUCUUAUGCUGGGAAACUGACUCUUAUGGUGCCCAGAGACUCAAAAUCAUAUAGGCAUUUAUAUUUCACUUGUUUUCUUUACCUCUAUCUGCUUAUUUUGUCAAUGAAUAUUUGUCUUGUCAUUGUAAUUAUAAUAGAGAAAUCUCUACAUGAACCGAUGUACAUAUUCUUAAGUCAUCUGUGUAUUAAUGGGGUUUAUGGAGCCUCAGGAUUCUACCCUAAAUUUCUGUCUGAUUUAAUAUUGGAUUCAUAUGUGAUCUCCUCUCACAUGUGUGCUCUGCAGACCUUUGUUAUUUACAGCUCUUUACUGUGUGAAUUUACAAUAUUAACAGUGAUGUCAUAUGAUAGAUAUGUAGCCAUAUGCAAACCUUUAGACUAUCAUUCCAAAUUAACUACAUUCAAUUGUUUGAAAUUAAUUCUGUUUUCAUGGAUUGUACCCAACUGCGUUACAGUUACAGCAGUCCUGUUAUCAAACUUGAGGCCAUUUUGUAAAAAUCACAUUGAUAAAUUAUAUUGUGACAACUGGUCAAUUGUUAAACUGUCAUGUGAAUCGUCUUUUGUUAAUAAUAUCUAUGGAUAUGUCGUUGGUGUCAUAUGUUGUAUUUGUGCAGUUAUUGUCAUUGUAUCCUACAUUAAACUGAUCUCUGCAUGUAAAGCAUCUUUAGAAAACAGAAGGAAAUUCUGGCAAACAUGUCUGCCACACAUAUUAUCACUGAUCAAUUUCACUUUUGCUAUGAUGUUUGAUUUCCUGUAUAACAGAUAUGUUUCAUAUGACAUUUCAGAGAGUCUGCGUCAUUUUUUGGCUUUAGAAUUAGUUAUAGUCCCACCUGUUCUUAAUCCUGUAAUCUAUGGGUUAAAUAUUAGAGCAGUGCGCAAAAGAGUUUUUAUUUCACGUCUUGCAGCAAGAGAAAAUGUUUCACGUGCACCAAAAAGACGUAAAAUGUAAUUAUUUUCUGUACUUUUCUGAAAGACAUGCUAAAACAGUUGUCAUGACAAUGUUUAUAAGUAAAUGUUUCACAAGCUCAAAAAGGUUUAAAACCUAACUUUCUAAUGGUUUAUUUACAUACAUACAUUUUUGCUGUGUUUCAGAUUUUCUCAGUUGGCAAAGAAUGCUGUUGAUGCUACAUAAUGCAAAAAAUGUUAAAUGUAUUGAUUUACAUUUUUAACAGUAUGCAUUCUUUCAUGACUAUUAGUGUUAAGGUAAAUCAUGUGAACAUAGAUGAUCAUUUACACUGGAAAUUGGCUCCAUAUGUCUGCUGCUAUGAUAAUGGGUUUAGUUCUUGGCUUGCACUGUAGGUAGCUUUUGUUAAAAGCAUCUGAAUUGUCUUAAAUUCAAUGGUAAAUUUGUGUUUUAUCUAUGUUUUAGAUAAAUUCCCUUAUUUAAACACUGUACAUUUUCUGUCUGUGCAAUACGUUCUCACUCCCAACUCGUCUCAUUAUGGAUGCUUGUUCAGGACCCCUUGUGUCACUUUUUUUAUGUGUAGGAUGCUCCCUUGCUUUCUUUUGAUAUACAGUAAUAAUAUUGCAGAACGAGUAUCCCUAUAUAUUCUUACAUUGCAAAAGUCAUAAACAUUUAAAUAUUCAAAGUUGGGAAAUUCCCUCCUUAUAAAAAGUGUGAGCAAGUUGUUCAUCUUCAUUAGCAAUCAGAUCAAUGAAUAAACAAGACACCACAACAUAGGUACUGCAAAUGUCAAAUUGCUCAUUUAUUGUUUAAAAAAAAAAAGGUGCAGGAUGAGCGAGAGAGGGUGGCGACUCAGCAUGAGGUUUUUGCAGAGGUUUUACACUUAAUUCCUAUGCAAACUGACAUGCUAUUAAAAAACAGUUUGGACAUCAAGUGGACAUAUACUGUAUAUAACUAUAUACUGUUAAAAAAAAAAAAAAAAAAAAACUUGACUCUCAUGAAUGUGCAUACAGCCGUUGCUGGAAGCCAGUGAUUAUUGAUUAUUGAAAAAAUUAUGGUUUAAAAGGUUUUUAUUAUGGAUAUUUGCUUCACUUCAGAAGGUAUUUAUUAACCCACUGCAGUCAUAUGGAUUACUUUUACAUGUAUGAUGGAUGGAUGUGUUUUUUGGAGCUUCAAAAACUCGGGCACUAUUCAAUGCCAUUACUACGGUGGUGCAUUGCUGCCACAUAGAUAUUAUUUUUUCCACUCAAUCAUGUCAUAAUUACGAGAUAUUAUGUUGUUAAAACGACAUCUUUUCUAGUAAAAACGAGAUUUUAUGUUGUUAAAACAACAUCUUUUCUCAUAAAAACGAGAUGUUAUGUCGUUAAAAUGACAUAUUUUCUCUUAAAAACGAUAUGUUAUGUCGUUAAAACAACAUCUUUUUCUCAUUAAAAUGACAUAUUGUAUGUGAUGUGUACGAAAUAGCUACAGUUUUAUCUGGUCUAUAAUAGAGAAUAGAUUUAUAGCCUAGAUCAGUUCAUUCACAUUUAUUUGUAUAUUACCAAAAGAUUACGAUGUCUAGAAAAACGUGUAGGCUAUAGCAAACACUAAUAAAGCAUGCU